GGACACUGCUUCCACCUACUACCGCGAGCGAUCGUUUGUGUUUCGCCUGCCUUUCUUUCGCUCAAAGGGCCACCCCCUUGCCCUCCUCCUCCACAAUGCCUACACGCCGCUAUUCAAAGUUUAUACCGCCCAAUCUCUCAAUGAGCGAGCUCGUCUGCCAGAAACUGGAUAACGAUGCGACUGACCUCUUGAUCGACAAAUGGCUCGAGCGCCCCCAUAGUCCCGAUGCCUACUAUGACUGGUUCCAGCGCGUUCGGGAGCGCCGACACGCCGCAAACGCGAACAUUUGCAAGGAGCAGAUCCUUCUCUGGAGCAAGGGCGUAUUCGUCCCCGAGAACAUCUUCACGCGCACGGUCGACACUGGGCGCCUCAUUCCUCUCGACCGCACAUGGGUCACGCAUGUCUAUCACCACCAUUCUAUGUCGCGGCUCAACAUGAUGCCUGUAAUAUUCAGUAUGCUACCUGAGUUGAUGCUCCUUCGCGGCAUGCACGAUCGGGGCUGCGACGAGAUAUAUGUCAUCGUCACCGAUCUCAAACGACAGGAGAUGGACCAAAUCACAGAGUACUUCAAGUACGUGUGCAGAAACGCGGCGAAUGGAGCAUGUAAAUCCAGCGUCGAGGAGAAGAUCAAUCACGACCACAUGACCCUGACCCACAUGCUUGACCGAAACCGCCGCACACCAUGCUUCCCCCAAAUCGACCUAACACUUCGAGCGAUCCUCUACGAGAAGCGACCACCAUUCGUCGUCCUCUUCUCACACCAAACGAUUGGCUGCCCAAACCCCGGCUGCACUGAUAACUGCUGCGAGCUCAUCCGCUUUCCAAAGCAAGGUCUCGAGACCGCCGCGGUGCUCUGCGACAAGCGGAAGGUGCGCUACCGGUACGGCCGACGGGCGAAGCCAAAGGAACUAUGCAACUGGAUCGAUUGGGGCAGCGAAGGCAGCGUAGCGGGCAGCAGUGAAGGCAGUGAUGGUAGCGUCUACGAGGCAAGGUUUGCGGGAUUGAUUUGUAGUCGGUGUAAGCUGGUGAAGUACUGCUCUCCCGACCACCAGAAGCUCGAUUGGGAGGAACACAGGAGGGUGUGUGUGAAGCCCGGGCCAGCGGUGGAGUCGGAGGCACAGACGUAGUAGGAGGGUGGAGGUUCGCAGCGCGGAGUUUUGUGGUCCAGCCAUCGCGGCGAGGAGGAGGGAUGUGCGCAUGUACAAUGGGCGGUCUUGUUCGAUGGCUUGCAACCUAACAUUAUCGUUAUUUGUGAUGUGUCUCCUGCUCGCCUCGAUGCUGUAUCUUGUAUCGUCGGCCUUACU